CCGAACACAACUUUUUUGCUACACGUAUUCUACUUCACACCACACAACCAACUCUAAUUCACAUCCACACUCUCCCUCCCUCACUCAUCUCUCCCUAAACCACCAUCGCUUCUCAUCUCUCCUUCCUUUGAUUCGCUCAAACAUGGCCUACGCUGCUCUGUCUUCACUUGCCCAAACAACACACCGAAUCCUCAAUCACCAUCAAUACCUCAUCUCCCACGAUGAAAAACAUCAGAUCACACUGCUCCGUGAAAAAGUUAUUUUCUUGCGAGAAGCUUUGCACAAGUUUCCAAUGCAAGCCAGCAGCUUGGAAGCAAGAAUCAGGGGCUCCGCCAACCAGGCAGAAGAUAUGAUCGAGCAUUUCAUGUACAACCAAAUAUGGAAUCAUUAUUAUUCGACUACAAACAACCCUCAUCAUCUACAUCAUGACCUAGAAAAGGCGAUGGAGGAAAUCAAUUCGAUUUCUCGAGAGGCAGCGGACUUCACAACGGAAGACUCAGCGGCGCUUGGUGAUAGUACCACUGUGCGGGCUUCAUCGUCAAUGCAGCUUGCCGGCGGCGUUACGGUCGGUCUCGACGAGGAUCUGCUAAAAAUCGCCGAUUCGCUCACCGGAGGUUCAUCCAGUUGUCAGAUCAUCCCAAUCGUGGGGAUGGCAGGAAUCGGGAAGACAACACUGGCUCAGAAGGUUUAUCACCAUCCGUUGAUCACGGAAACUUUCAUGAUUCGUGGUUGGGUCACAGUAUCACAAGAUUACAAGCCCCAAAAUAUCUUUUCCGACCUCUUAGCUUGUUUUAAAGAAGGCGGCAUUGAAAGACAUGGACAAAGCAAUGAGUCCAUGGACGAAAAAGUCCACAAAAUCUUGAAGGGAAGGAAGUUCCUCAUCGUAUUGGAUGAUAUGUGGAGUCGAAACGCUUGGGAUGAUGCUAGAAAUGCUUUUCCUGAAGACUGUAAUGGUAGCCGAAUUGUGAUAACCACAAGGUUAGCUGAUGUGGCUUCUUACUCUAGCAGUCAUCUUCAUCAGAUGCGUUUCAUGGAUCAGGAUCAAAGCUGGGAUCUGCUCAAGAAGAAGGUGUAUUGUCCACCUGAUUUGGAGGAGAUUGGAAUGGAGAUUGCCAGAAGGUGCGGAGGUUUGCCCCUUGCAAUUGUGCUAGUUGCAGGUAUGUUGAGUGAGACUAAUGAAUUCUCAUGGAAACAAGUUGCGGAGAAGGUAGGCUCAGCUGGGGAGUUGGAGAAGAUAAUAUCUUUGAGUUACACAAACUUGCCUCAUCAUUUGAGGUCAUGCUUCCUCUACAUGGGAGCCUUCCCCGAAGAUUAUGAGAUUCGUACCUCAAAGCUAAUCAAGUUGUGGAUUGCUGAAGGAUUUGUGGAAGUGGAAGAGGAGGCCAUUGAGUGUUUGGAGGAUUUGGUCAAGAGAAGUCUAGUUUUGGUGAAAAAGAGGAAGCCUGAUGGCAAAAUCAAAAGCAGUGGUCUCCAUGAUAUGGUACGUGAGAUUUGCAGAAGAAGAGGUGAGGAAGAAAAUAUUCAGCACCGCGUGAGUAUGGCUCAACCUGAUCUAAUUCUCCUUGCAAGAACAUAUGGCUCAACCCUCCGCUCUAUUGUAUGCUCUCGACUUAUUAGUGCAAGUUGGUUAGGCGCCCUAGGAGUGUUCAAAUUGUUGAGGGUGUUGGAUGUGGUGGAUGUUAAUCAGUACCCUUUGCCAGCUCAAGUAUUUGACCUGUUUCACUUGAGGUACCUUGCUUUCGCGUGUCCAAAUGAGAUUCCGGCAGCCAUAUUCAGACUUCAGAAUCUCCGCACAUUGAUCAUCUGUCCGAGGAACAGAUUUAGGCGAUACUCAGAUGAUGUGAUAUAUUUACCAUUGGAGAUUUGGAGGAUGCCAUUAUUGACUCAUAUUGUAUCCUUUUAUAGCCCUCUGCCUGAUCCAGAAGGAGUGGCUUCUCCUCUGAAUAGACUUCUGGAGCUUUCGGUAGGAAGAAGGUUCAUAUGUACCAAAGAGAUUACAGAAAUGAUUCCCAAUGUGAGAAAGCUGGGAAUCACUUAUUUUGGAGGCAAAUUCAGAGAAAACUACCAGCUCCACAAUCUUGUCUUUCUGCAUCAUCUUGAAAAGCUGAAACUAGUCAUGGAGGAUGGUUAUGUUAUCCCGCGUAAUGUUUGGCCUGUAUUUCCAGAGUCACUGAGAAAGUUAACCUUGAACGGUUGGCGAUUUCCAUGGAAAUACAUGGAAACUAUUGGCUCUCUGCCUAACCUUCAAGUGCUGAAAUUGAGAAAUGGUGCCUGCAAAGGGCGUACAUGGGAAACUAAGGAAGACCAGUUUCCAAGUCUGGAGUUUUUGGAGAUUGAUAAAUGUAAUUUGAAGAAAUGGGUCACCGAAGGAAGCCAUUUCCCAAGACUCAAGCGCCUAGUGCUUUUUGAUUGUUCUCGAUUGAGCAACAUCCCAAAUGACAUUGGAGAUAUUCCAACACUUGAAUUGAUUAAUGUUGAUUAUGCUAACAAAUCUCUUGUGGAGUGUGUCAAAAGGAUCCAAGACGAACAACGUGACUACGAAAACUACGUCCUUCAAGUUCAUUGCAUGCAUCGUCCGAAUUGGAAGAUGGCAAGGGAAGCAGUAAUGACAGCUGCGACCAUUUCGGUCGGUGUAUGUACGAUCGUCUGACAUUAUGAAAACCGGUGUAAGUCUUGAGACCAAACUGACUGCAUGAAUUCUUAAGUAGACGUCCAACGCAUAUUAUUUCUAUUAGUAACGAUGCAAAGUAUAAAAGUAGAAUAUUUUAUUCUAAAUUGAAAUGUAGAGUUGAUUGUUGAAGAGAAUUACUCCACAUCUCACAGUAGAGUAAAUAAUUAUAGUUGCUCUUAUUAUUCUA